AAUCUGAUUCCAGGGCAGAGAUUUUCCUGCUCUGGGGCCUGGGAAAUCGUCUCAUACACUUCUGUCUUUGCCAUCAGAUACUUUCACUUAAUACCGGUCAGGUCAGUGCUGGGGGGAUCUUUUUGUAAGCAGCUUGACGAUAAACCUGCCGAGUUAUUCAAAGGACCCAAUAAGGUUUUGUCUGUUAGUAACAUUACACCAUGUGGGCAACAAACCUCGUAUCUCUCGUCCUUCUGACAACUGCAGCCUCGGCAGCAACCUCCACAUCAAAAGACAAAGUGUUGAGUAACCAUGCCACCAUCCUGGCUGACAGCACUGCCAAUUUGGCUUUCAGUGUCUACCAGAGCAUGGUAAAAGACAAAAAUGUAGAGAACAUUAUCAUUUCCCCUGUCGUCGUGGCCUCCUCUCUGGGUCUCGUGGCUCUUGGGGGAAAGGCCUCCACUGCCUCUCAGGUAAAAACCAUCCUGAAUGUAGCUAAAGUUAAAGAUGAGCAUCUCCACCCCAGUUUGGCUGAGCUGCUCAUAGAGUUGAGCGACCCGAAGACUCGCAACAUCACCUGGAAGAUUAGCAACCGCCUGUAUGGACCCAGCUCUGUCACUUUUGUGGAAGACUUUGUCAAAAGCAGCAAAAAGCACUAUAAUUGUGAGCACUCAAAGAUCAAUUUCCGAGACAAGAAGAGUGCUGUGAACUCCAUCAACGAAUGGGCAGCCAAGUCUACUGAUGGCAAACUGCCUGAGGUGACCAAGAAUGUAGAAAAGACUGAUGGGGCGAUGAUCAUCAGUGCCAUGUUUUUCAAAUGUGAAACUGAUGGACCUUUAUUUCAAUACAAAGCUCCAGAGGAUCACAGGGGUCUCUUUGGCUUCUAUGAUGACAAAGACAAUAAGUUAUCUAUCCUGAGCAUGCCUCUAUCUCAUAAGAAGUCCACUGUGGUAUUCAUCAUGCCCUACCAUCUGGAACCUUUGGAUAGACUGGAAAAGAUGCUGACCAAGAAGCAGGUGGAUAAAUGGAUUGGUUUGCUACAGGAGACAGCUAUAGCUGUGUCUCUGCCCAAAGUCAGCAUGGAAGUCAGUCACGAUCUGCAGAAACACCUCCAGGAGCUGGGCCUGACCGAGGCUGUGGACAAAUCUAAAGCUGACUUUUCCAACAUCUCUGGGAAGAAGGACCUCUACUUGUCAAGUGUGUUCCACGCCUCUGCUUUGGAAUGGGACACUGAUGGAAAUGAAAUUGAUCUGAGCAUCUUUGGCACAGACAAGCUGAAAAACCCUAAACUGUUCUACGCUGACCACCCCUUUAUUUUCCUAGUAAAGGACCAGAAAACAAGCUCCAUCUUGUUCAUUGGCAGGAUGGUCCGACCAAAGGGUGAAAAGAUGAGAGAUGAACUGUAACCAUGUGAGUAAGUUAGAUGUUUGGCUGUUAUCAUGAGUGUAGAUUUUAUACUGCAGCAUGUUGAGAAAUGAAGAGUACAUCUGAUACUGUGUAAGAGCACUCUUUUAUGUCACAUGGCAACAACAUUCCAUAAUACACAACUUAAGUCCAGCAAGUUCAUUGUAAUACAUUGUAACUGUACUUUUCCUUUGAAGGGAAAAGGUUCACUUGCUGUUGUCAGCGGUGUUCAGAGUUACUGUAUGGUGCUACAGUUGAUCCAAAGUUGGCUCAAAGUGAACAGUAAUUACAAGACUUACUUUGUCUUGUAAUUACUGUAUGAGGCGAUGUGCACAUCUUUGAAUUUGGGACAGUUGUUAAUAUUUCAGUGUGUGUGUUUGUUUGUAUGUUGGCAUGUCACAUUAUGGACUGAAUACUUACAUUAAGAAUGACAUAUUAAAGUUUUUGUUAAAGCACACUUUGUUUUAAUAAAGUAGCAGUAACAUCAGAA